AUGGCCUGCCAGUGCCGCGACCAAAAGUUCACGGCCUUUAUGCCGUGCUGCCUGUUCGACGCGUGCUCGAGCCGUGAACUCGACGUGGUGCCCGCCAAAGUCGACAGGGCGUGCAAGGAAGCGGGAGUGAACCUUGAUAUGACGGACAAGGACUGGCAGUGCAUGCCAAGUCUCGAUGAGUCGACUGCGAGCGUUCCUCGGAUUCCGAGUUUGGUGCUGCCCACAAGAAGCAUGCUCAAGUCUGAACUAUCCGCCGACCUUGGCUCGACGACGGCUUCGAAGACUGAGACCACUGCGACGGUUACGACGGUGAAUACUACGACGACGGCGAUGACGACGGCGAUGGCGGCGGCGACCAAGCAAACCGCUACGAAGGCUCCCUCGCUGACGAGCACCAACUCCGGGUCAGUGGCGACGCCUGCAUCUCCCACGUCGACAACCGAACGCAAUCAGACUCCCGAUAAUGAUUCGGCGCUCGCUAUCGGGCUCGGCGUUGGCCUGGGCGUGGGUGUACCGGUGCUCAUCGCCUUGGUGGGCCUUGCGCACAUCUUGCGCCUCAUCAAGCAACAAAGCCGGGAUGGCGGCACUGCAGGCGCGCUGCUGUACGGGUCUGGAAAGGGGCGCGGAGAUGCUGCUGCUACAAAGACGGAGGCUGCUCAUGGGCCGGGAGAGCUGCAUGGCAACUCGACACACAAACAGGAGCUUGCAGGCACCCUGCCCGUCGGGUAUGCGGAGCUUCCAUGAUUAUACGGCCCCUUCAAGCCGAAGAAGCGACCUCGCGGGCCGUAAUGAGACUUUUGAUUGUGACGUGGUUGAAGGUCCGUUGAGUGUAGUCGAUGGUGAGCCAAUGGAAGUCCUGGAAGGCUGUGGAUAGCCGGCGUUUUGGUUCUUUGAGACUCGGGAACGCCAUCCGCGGCUGGAAUGCCUCGGCUGAUGUCAUCGUAGUUGAGGUUGCGAGC